AUGUCAGCUGACCCAACGCCAACGUCAAAACCCGAGUCUGCCAACCUUUCCAGCAACAGAAAUCCUGACUGCACUCGUCUUCGAUUCGCGAACGCAGGGAAGUCAACAAUGCGGGCUAUCAACAUCGUCCGUGCGGACCGUGACGAUCUGUCGGCACUGGCAGAAAUCAACCGCCUCGCGUACGCAGACGAGCUGACUACCAAGUUCGCGCUCAAUGAGAAGGCGGAUGAGAAGAGCAUGUUCGAAUUCUUCAAGGCCCGGCUGGCAAGCCGGUUUGAUCACGCCACAUCCGAGCUGUUCAAGGCGACGGACCCCGACACCCACGAGGUUGUGGGAUUUGCCUGCUGGACGUUGGAAAAAGGUGGCGACGAAGCAGGGGGCCCAACCCCGACAGGCGGCAUUUUGCAACAGAUGCCUCCCUACAUGAAUGCCGAGUUCGUCAUGGCGACAGGGGCUGAGAUUGAACAGUUGAGGGAGCAUAUGAAGAAGGAAGCGCACUACUACCUAUCUGCCUUUGCAGUCAAGCCCGGCCGGCAGGGCGAGGGUAUUGGCUCGCAGUUGUUGGAGCACUGUCUCGGCAUGGCAGACCAAGCCAAGCUUCCGUCGUGGCUCAUCUCAUUUCCCCGGGCUCAUGACCUGUACCUGCGACAUGGAUUCGCAGAUGUCGCUUACAAGGACAUCGACCUGAACAAGUGGGACCGGUAUCGAUUCCGGGGCUACGGCAUCUACCGUUCUUGUGCCAUGGCGCGGCAGCCCCAGUAG